UAUUACUGAACAAAGUUUUGGCGGGAAAUCUUCCACGUGACCAAGUUUUCAAAAUGGCGGACGUAGAAGCAAUGGAGACGGAUAGCGUGCCCGAGAAAAAGUGUAAGAUGUCCGCGAAUGAAAGUGAAAUGCAAACCGACACUGAACGGCAUUCUAAAGGAAAGGAUAACAAGACAGUGAGUGAAAAGAAAACCAAAAAAGGAUUCGAACUUCCAUGGGUAGAGAAAUACCGACCGACCAAACUACAUGAAAUUGUAGGCAAUGAAGAGACUGUCAGUCGAUUGGAGGUAUUCGCCCAGCAAGGAAAUGUACCAAAUAUUAUUAUUGCUGGUCCCCCUGGCACUGGCAAAACCACCAGUAUCCUGUGCUUGGCACGCGCUCUGCUAGGCGUCUCCCUUAAAGAUGCCGUACUUGAGCUUAAUGCAUCUAAUGACAGGGGUAUAGAUGUUGUCCGCAACAAAAUCAAGAUGUUUGCCCAGCAAAAAGUAACUCUUCCCAAGGGGCGGCACAAAAUUAUUAUUCUUGAUGAAGCAGACAGUAUGACUGAUGGUGCUCAGCAAGCUUUGAGAAGAACGAUGGAAAUCUACUCCAAGACCACAAGAUUUGCCUUAGCUUGUAACACAUCUGACAAGAUAAUUGAGGCUAUUCAGUCAAGAUGUGCAAUACUACGUUACACACGGCUAACAGAUGCCCAGGUGUUGACAAGACUACUGGAAAUAUGUGAUAAGGAGCAGGUGCCGAAAGUAGAUGAUGGACUGGAAGCUAUAAUAUUUACAGCAGAGGGAGAUAUGCGGCAGGCUAUAAACAACCUGCAAUCAACAUACUAUGGAUUUGGCAUGGUCAACAGUGAAAAUGUUUUUAAGGUGUGCGACGAGCCCCACCCGCUACUCAUCAAGGAGAUGCUUAAGUCUUGCUCAGUUGGGGAUAUAGAUGAGGCAUACAAAGUUCUUUCUCAUCUAUGGAACAUGGGAUACUCCCCAGAGGACAUAAUCACAAAUAUAUUCCGUGUGUGCAAAACUGCACCAAUAGCAGAGUUUUUAAAACUCGAAUUUAUCAAGGAAAUUGGUUACACCCACAUGCGUAUAGUGGAAGGUGUCAACUCACUUCUCCAGCUCUCAGGGCUGCUGGCUCGCCUGUGUAGCAAGGCCACAAAGUAGACUAGCCAGGUGGUCUGUGGCCAAGUCAACACUCGUAGCAUGCUAACCAGUCUAUGUAAUCUGUCUCUUUGUAUAGGUCCUGGUGAAGUUACUUAGUGGACUUCUCAGUAAACCAACCGUGGAGUCUAUGUUUAAUCUAUGUUUAAGUAAGUAUUUAGCAUGAUGGUCUGCCUGACCAAGUCCAUGUUGGUCUCUUAUCUAGCUUGGCUGGACUUUGUAGUCAUCAUGUUAAUCUCUGGGCAACCAAGAAAGUUUAGAAGCUUCUGAAAUAAAAGAUGGCGGGGAAGGGGUGGAGGAGGGGGGGACGGAGAGGUGUAAAGGGGUUUUGGUGUAUCACAAAAUAUACUGAUAUAUAAACAAGAGGCGACCUUCAGGCGAACAUUUAAGGGAGGGGUGUGUGUGUAAAAAAAAAACGAGUUAAGGGUGCACAUGGCCCAACUACUGUACCCUGAAGCGCUUGCCAAUAACUAUAACACAAUACCCUGUGUUUUUCACUGGUGUACGGUUGGAUAAAAACACUAUUUUCCAUUUUAUGAUUACAAAAGUUUGUAUAAAAAAAAAAUAAAAGACAAUGUUUCCUAUACGA